AUGGCGUUCGAAGGGCAGGAGUACGCCUACGGAAGCGGCAAGCAGCGCGUCAUCUUUUGGAAGAGCCUGGCUCGCUCCUUGUCACUCCCAGAUGGUCCCCAACUUGAUCAAGACAAGGCUGCGGCGCUGGCGGCUCUCGUGCUGGACACACUGCCCGCGUAUGAGAGCAGAGAGCAGCAAGCAGCGGUCGACGCGGCGGUGGACGCCGCUGCUGCCGCGCACCCGGCCUUCCUCCGCGACCUGACAGUCGCACUGCUCAAGGCUGCCGCUGCGCGCCCGCCUCCGCACGCCGCGCAGCGGCUGUUGGCAUGGAGCUGUUCGCUGCUGGCGGCACUGCCGGCCGGCGCCGGCAAGAAAGCGGCGGCAAAGCUGGUGGAGGCGCAGGGCGGCUUUUUCGAGACCAUAGCAGCGGCCGCUGACGAGGACUCGAAUCCGGCCGCCCGCCAGGCCGCCACGCGGCACUUGCGGCGCAUGCUGCGGCGCGCGCCCGCGCUCGCCACAGUGUAUGAGGAGGUCGCCGCCGCGGCCGCAGCGGCCGGCGGCGCCGGCGGCGCGGGCGCGGCCGGCGCGCUGCUCGACGCCGCGAGCAGCGCCAAGGCGCACCGGCGGCGCCACCACCAGCACCAGCAAAGGGAAGAGCGGCUCGCGGCGGCAAACGGGGACGGAGGCGGCGGCGAGCGGGCCGCCCUCGAGGGCAGCGAGCAGCAAAAGGCGCGGGAGGCUGCCGGCGCGGCGGCGCGGGAGCUCGGCCUUAAGAUCCUAUGCGACGGCAUCAUCCCAUCAAAGGACCGCCCCCCGCCCGGGGCGCUCGCCGCGCUCUCCCGCCUACUAGACUCGCUGAACCCCGCCGAGUGGGCCGUGCGCGCGCAGCCCGCGCUCGCGCGCGCGCUGCGGCGGACGCCCGACGCCGCGCUCUCCGUGCUGGCGCUGGCGCUGCGGCACGCGCCGCGGCUCGACCUGGGGGACCCCUCUGCGGCCGCGGGCACGGCGGAGCUGGUGGCGCUCAUCCUGCAGCAGCUGCGGUUGAAGGAGGCCGUGCGGCCCGCAGCCCUGGAGGGGCUCUCGGCGAUCGCGCGGGCGACCCGGCAGCCGGCCGCGCUGCAGGCAGCGGUCGCGGCGGCGCGGUCGCUGCUCGACGGCAGCGCGGAGGGGCGCAUCAAGGCGGCCAGCGAGCGCGCCGCGCUCGCGCACGCGCUCGCCGCACUGGCCGCGCCGGCGGCGGCCCCUGUCCGCAGCGGCGGCGGCGCGGCGGCGGCGGAGGCAGCAGCAGUGGUGGCGCCCGCGGCCGCAGACGCGGUGGCGUUCUGCGCUGGGCGCUGA